AUGCGAUUGCAAAGAGGAUUCAGAAGAUUCUUGAAAUUCGCGCUUCCACUGGUGUUCAUCAUAGGUUCCACGGUAUACUAUCUCUACGAGCCGCACGGGAGCAUCGGCCUCGUGCUCCAUCGACGAGAUUGGAUACAGCGCGAACUACUCCCACUGUCCCCACUUGCAGGAUGCUUCGAGCCCGAGCGGGUCAGCCCACUGUACAAUGUCAGUGACGCCGUGUAUGGCGGGAAACGGUUUGAGGUUCAGGCAGGUGUACCAAUGCGGAUGGGUAUGGACUGUUACGAAUUAGCAGGGAUAGUGAGAUUUGCGGAAGGGGAGCGGAAGGAACAGGAACAGUAUAUCCUACCAGAGGAACGAGCACAGUUCCACACAUAUUGGCGCGACGAUCUUGUUCUCCUCGGUGAGAGACAAGAGUACAUGUUAAAGUCAUUCUUCGCUACCCAAGACCUGCCCCGCUCUCGUCUGGUACUUUGGUCAAAUGGUGACCUAUCACUCAAUUCGGUGGUGCAAAAGUACCUCGAGCUCUUUCCUGGCUCGUUCACACUUCAGAUAGUGAACAUACCUGGAUUAGCCAAGGGUACGGCAAUGGAGAAUCACCGCUUGCUCAAUCUUGAGGAUAAGAAAGCAUGGGUGGACGGCGACCUCGUCCGCUUACUUGUCAUCUGGACAUAUGGCGGCGCUUGGAUAGACAUGGAUAUGCUCUUAACCCGAGAUCUCUCGCCAUUGCUUGAGCAUGAGUUCGUGACGCAAUGGGACUGCUAUGACAAAAUUUACCAACCGUUCAACGGUGCGCUCAUGCACUUCCGCAAGCACUCACCUUAUCUCUGCGAAGCCUUCCAUCUCAUGGCACACAGUACUCCUCCGCGCUCUCCAAGCACUGAUUGGGGUUCAGUUCUUUACCAUAGGCUAUGGCGGCGCCUCCUCAAUGAAUCAAUACCCCCCUUCAAAAUUUUGCCGUUCUGCUUCUCCGACCCUCUAGUGUGUCGUCUUGAUAACAGAGCGCCAGAGCCAUUUGAACCUGAUCGUGUAGAUGGGAAGUGGACCGGCAGAUCUGGGGAGGGGCUUGAGGAGGGUGGAGCACUGGAUAGGGCACUAGGAAAGAUAUUUGCCGUCCAUUUGCAUAAUCGAUGGGAUAAAGCGUUUCCUAAGGGCGGUUGGGUGGAUCGGCUUUUGUUGAAGAGACACGAGGAGGAGAUGGAGAGGAAGGUGAGAAUGAAUGGCGAGUUCUGA